AUGAUAACUGAUAAGGCCUAUUCUCAAAGUAUAAAAACAGCUGUAAAAGAUAUUGGUGGAGCUAUAGACAUGAAAUGUUCGGUUUUCAAUGCUAGCGGGGCUCCCGUUGCAUGGAUUAAAUUUGAUAAAGAAAAACCAACUCAGACUUCUGUACUGUCAAUUGGUAAAAAACUUAUUGUUCGACAUCCAAGAUUUUCAUUAGGAGUUUUCUUCGGAGUCGGAAGCAGUAGUUAUACAUACAAGAUUAAGAAUAUAAGUAACACUGAUGUAGCAUCAUAUCGUUGUGUGGUGAUGUGUGAUGUCGACGAUGGCAGCAGUACAUCUGCAGAUAUUGAGUUAAAAGUUAAUCAGCCUCCGGUCAUUUUAAAACUUAUUUCGUCUCCGGCCACAAUGAUCGCGAGGGAAGGUCAACCGUCGAAAUUAGAAUGCUAUGCAGACGGAUUCCCUGAACCAAAAGUUACUUGGAGCCGACAAUUUAAUGGCAUUUUAACUACAGGAGGAAAUUUCUAUAGAGGUAAUGUCUUAAGCUUUCCAAAUGUUACGAAAGACGACCGCGGAUCAUAUUUCUGUGAUGCAGUGAAUAGUGAUGGCAAAGGUGUCCGGCAUAUUGUCGACUUUCGUGUAGCAUUUUCCCCAGUCAUAACAGUUUCGAAUAUAAUAUAUACUCAUAGAGAAUCUUCAAAACAUGACAUGGAUGUCCAAUGCCUCGUAGAAGCUUAUCCUGCUCCGAAAAUUGAUUGGCUAUAUAAUGGAGUUGUACUCCUCAACGAUAAUUACAAUAGAAUCGAGGGAAACACUACCGACCACCAGUUCAGCUUUUCAAGCUUAAGUUUUCUAAACAAAAAUAAUCAACACGGUAAAUACACGUGUAAAGCCCAGAACACAAUUGGUACGGCUGAAGUCACAGCUAUUGAACUACCGUGCAAACAACCAUAUUGUGAUGCUAGACGUGUUCAUCAUAGAAAUAUACCCAAUUUUUACGGUUUAACUCCAUAA